ACCAAUAAUUCUAUCCAACUAUAUACUAUAUAUAUAUAUUCCACAACUAUAUGUUUAUACACCCAACAUAGCAAAUAUAUCAAUCUAAAUUCCAAGACCAAAAAUAUUGUAAGUAGUACCAAAAAUGGAGCACAAAUCAUAUCCUACACCUCAUGUUUUAAUCUUUUCGGUCCCAUUGCAAGGCCAUUUAACCCCAAUGCUAAACUUAGCAGAAAUUUUAUGCCUAGCAAAUGUUAAGGUAACCUUCCUAAACACAACCUACAACCAAAAACGACUUACCAAGUACACUGACAUCGAAGCUCGUUUUGGCCGCUAUUCAGGGUUUACCUUUAAGACGGUACCUGAUGGGCUUCCAGAUGACCACCCACGAUCUGGUGAUAAAACCAAGUUGAGAGAAAUGUUUGCCGCGUUGGCACGAAGUGUUAAGCCACUUCUGAAGGAAAUUUUUGUAGGAAAAGAUGAAGUUACAUGUAUAAUAUUAGAUGGAUGGAUGGGCUUUGUUAAUGAUGUAGCUAAUGAGGUAAAGUUACCGGUGAUUACAUUUAUGAUUCCUGGUGCAAACUUCAUUUGGACUCUUCAAUGUUUACCAAAGCUGAUUGAAGCAGGGGAAUUACCCUUCAAAGAUGAAGAUAUGGAUCAGCUAGUAAAGAAUGCACCUGGGAUGGAUAGCUUCCUCCGGUAUCGUGACCUUCCCUGCUUCUGCCGAGACAAAGACAUAUCUGUCUUACUUAAACAUCAAGACCAAUUCAACAGCGAGAUUCAACGAAUCAAGCAAGCCCACACCUUUAUUCUCAAUUCAUUUGAGGAUCUGGAGGGUCCGAUACUCUCUCUCAUCCGUGAGCACUGUAGAGGUGUUUACACCAUAGGCCCACUACAUGCUCACUUAAAAUACAGACUCAACCGGAAAGAAACAACACUGUCCAACACCUCCUCUAGCGACUUGUGGGAAGUUGAUCGAAGUUGCAUUUCGUGGUUGGACCAAAAGCCGGACAAAUCUGUUGUCUAUGCAAGUUUUGGUACCAUUACUACCAUCACAAAGGACCAGAUGAUGGAAUUUUGGGCAGGACUAGUGCAGAGUAAGAAGUACUUCCUAUGGGUCAUAAAGUCUGAUAUCAUUACAGGAAGUGGCUCAGAUAGUCCAGCCCACGAUGACCUUGUGAAAGAAACCAAGGAGAGAGGAUGCAUAGUGAGCUGGGCUCCCCAGGAAGAAGUAUUGGCUCACCGUGCUGUUGGUGGGUUCUUCACCCAUAGUGGAAGGGGAUCAGUGUUGGAAAGCAUAGUGGCUGGGGUGCCAAUGCUUUGUUGGCCUUACUUUUCUGAUCAUCUGGUGGACAGCAGAUUUGUCAGUGAUGUCUGGAAGAUUGGCCUCGAUAUGAAGGAUACAUGUGAUAGAAAAAUAGUGGAGAACAUGAUCAAAGAUCUUAUGGAGAGAAAGAAGGACGAGCUGGGAACAUCGGUGUCUAAACUCUCACAUUUAGCAAAGAAGAGCAUAAGUGAAGGGGGGUCUUCAUAUUCAAAUCUUGACCAGUUAAUCGAGGAAAUAAAAGGGAUGACCAAGAAGGAGGAGCAUUAUAUAUCAUCACCCCAGUGAAGAAAUAGGGUGGUAAAUGAUAUUUGGUGUACUAGACAGUUGUUAGUCCGGUUCUUAAUAGUUUGGUGUACUACACGGUUUUGCUAAUCCAUUAAGGAAUAGAUUUUACGUCUAGAAAGAAUUAGUUUGUUAUUGUUAGAGAUCAUGGUCUGUUAAAUGUUUAAUUUCUAUGUAAUUUAGGAUUCUCUGUUGUUAGAUUAUUUUAUGAUUCAUGUUGCUUAUAUAAAGGGCUUUAAGAUGUUAUUAUUUUAUAUAAGCAUGGCUGAAUUACCAGAAUGCCUGUCAAAAAAAAAAAAAAAAAAAAAAAUGGAUAAGAUGCUUAUUCUCUGAAUGUAGCAUUUGCAGUUAGGUUUAUAAUUUGAUCUAUUUCAUCAAAUUGUUUUAGACGAGGCUCAAAGUGGCUAAUGAAAAAGAGGAUUUGUAUUUAAAUGGUUAAGGAAAAUAUUACGGCUACAAAA